GAGGAGAGGAGGGGCCUUGGGGUCCUGGAUUCUUGGGUCCUGAGGAGUCCUAGGACUGAGUCAUCUGAAGGAGCUUGGAGGGAGCCCGCCAUGUGGGGCUAUCUGUCCCUGCUGCCUGCUUUCCUGGCCCUAUGGGGCACCGCCGGAGUCUGGACUGUUUUUGCCCUGGCAGUGGAGAACGGGACCGUGAACCUCACCAAAGGCUUCCCCUACAUCAGUAUCUGUGGAUCCUACCCCCCGCAGAGCUGCAUCUUCAGCCAAUUGCUCAAUAUGGGAGCGGCCAUGGCCGCCUGGAUCUGCAUUCUCCGUUACCACCAGCUCCGCGACUGGGGCGUCGGAAGGCGGCCUAACCAGCUGAUCCUGUGGACCGGGCUCCUCUGCGCCCUGGGCACUUCCAUAGUGGGCAAUUUCCAGGAAAAGAACCAGAAGCCCACGCAUCUGGUGGGUGCCUUCCUCUCCUUCUUUGUGGGAAUCCUGUACUUCUGGCUGCAGCUCUUUUUCUGCUGGAGGAUGAAGAGCCUGCCCCAGCCCGGGGCCCCCUGGAUCGGGCCGCUCCGCCUGGGCCUCUGCAGCGUCUGCAGCAUCCUCAUCGUAGCCAGUAUCCUUGCUGGGGCCUGGGCCGGGGGCGGGGGUGGGGCCAUCUCCCACGGGGCGGGGCCAUUUUCCGCCUCGCGUGCCCCUGCCCUGCGCCAUCGGGCAUGCCUCCGGGUCUCCAUCUGGUCCAGGGUGCCGACUCUGGACUGGGGCUGCUGGGUUGGAAAUCCCAUCUGCUCCUCAUCUUGGUUUCCUAACUUCUUGGUGCCUCCGUUUCCUCAUCUCUCAAACAUGGGUAGUGCCAGAACUGGCUGGUAAAGAACGAGUGAGAUAAUCCACGUGAGGCUCUCAGAUUGGUGGCUUGCACACUGCGGGUGAUUGGUAGAUACUGGUGGCCAUAGUCCUUGGCGUCCCUCCGGCUGAUUGUGAGAUUGGAAACUGAGGUUCAGGCAGGAGACUUCUCUUGACCACCAUCCCUCAUGAGAGAUGGUGAAGCCGUGCAUGUCUCUUCCCAGCUCCACAUUAGGCGAUGUCAAUUUAGUAGCUUGCCAAGGUGAUGGAGGGUGUGUUUACACCAUGGCCAUUGGGAGAUGCUACCAAGGCAUCAGGAGAGCUGACUGUUAAACACCUACCAGUGUGUUUAUUCCUUGUCAGCUCCAACCCAGGUGUGACUCACCCGCAGCGGCCAGAGGCUUCCCAUGGGACCGUGCAGCUAUGGGCAGAGCAGGUCACUCUCUGAUCCUCAGUUUCCACAUCUGUACGAGGUCCGUACUAUCCACUCAAAAAAAAAAAUUUGCCAGCUGCUUUUGUCCUAAUAUUAUUACUGAGAAGUGGAGUGCUGUGGAAGAAAGGCGGGCAGAAGGGGAGCCAGGGAGGGCUCUGGGCUUCGGAAGAGGCUGGAAGACCUGAUAAAAGUCCUGGGUCAGCUCCAUGGGGUGGCUCCCUUUGUUCCAAAGUUUCCCAGAAAAGGGAG